CAGUCACAGCGGCAGCCGUCACUCUGACAACUGCUUGGCUGAGGUCCGAGGAAGGUCCGAUGUACUAGAACAUCAAGAAAGUUUGUGGUUUCUUUUCAGGAAACAAGAACUCUGAAAUCAUGUCGGGGAAACCCAAGCUGCACUAUACCAAUGGAAGGGGGAAGAUGGAGUCGAUCCGAUGGCUGUUAGCAGCAGCCGGGGUUGAGUUUGAGGAAGAAUUCAUAGAAACGAAGGAAGACCUAGAAAAAUUACGCAAUGAUGGAGUCCUCAUGUUCCAGCAAGUGCCCAUGGUGGAGAUCGAUGGGAUGAAGAUGGUGCAGACUAGAGCCAUCCUCAGCUACAUAGCAGCAAAGUACAACCUCUACGGGAAGGACCUGAAGGAGAGAGCCUGGAUUGAUAUGUACGUGGAGGGAACAACAGACCUGAUGGGAAUGAUCAUGUAUCUGCCUUUUCAGCCAGCUGACACAAAAGAAAAGAAUCUUGCCUUAAUCAUUGAACGAGCUACAACCAGGUACUUUCCUGUUUAUGAAAAGGCCUUAAAAGACCAUGGGCACGAUUAUCUUGUUGGCAACAAAUUAAGCUGGGCAGAUAUCCAUCUGCUGGAAGCCAUUUUAAUGGCAGAAGAAUGUAAGCCUGAUAUAUUGUCAGCAUUCCCUCUGCUACAGGCUUUUAAAGGAAGAACAAGCAACAUUCCAACAAUCAAAAAAUUCUUGCAGCCUGGCAGCCAGAGGAAGCCACCAACAGAUGAGAAGUUUGUUGCCAUUGUGAGGAAAAUAUUCAACAUCUAGUUAUGAGGCUGCUGAAGAUAACACAACUGUAGGAUAUUACCAGAGCUGUGCCUUAUAAGUGUAAACUGCAUAGAUAUAUUCUGUAGCUUGCAUCCUAUAGCCAGUCACAUGAUAAUCGUUGAAACAGAAUACACUUUUACAUGAGAGUAAAAGGCUAAUUUGGACCAAUUCAGUCCAGAAAGUGGUAUUUCAUGGAGCAGUUACAUGAAAUAAAAUAUGCUGAUACUUUUGCGUUUGUUUAAUUACAGUACAUGCCUGGUAGGGUAAAAUGUUUCAGCUGUAGCUUCCAGAGUACUGUAGAAAGCCUUCCCCCUCCCCCACUUUAUAAACUGCAGGAGAGACGAGCCACUCCAUAAAAAUGGGGAAGUCAUUUAAAUUCAGGCCUAGAAUCUUUGGUUUUGCUCUCUCGGUGGUCUUCUAGAUCAAAGUUCACUGUUCCCCUGCUCUAUUUCACUGCUGUCUGUGUACUUUCAGAGCUGCAGUUUAAUAAAUAAAUAAAAAUAUUAAAACUCA